UUGAAUGAAGCUGGACUCAGAUCAGCUCCUGUAACUGUUAACAGCUGGACGAUUGACUGACAUUUAGCAUAAUCAGAGUGAACAGGGAACCGUAGGCUGUGACCGUGUAACGGAGCGGGUGCAGAAGAAAUGUGACGGCGGUUAAUCUGUCGGGCAGUUCGGACCUGGAGUGAACGACCUCUGGAAUAUACCACCGGUACCGGUCAUCAGUGAAGUGGGGAUUUUUUUGUCCUCAGUGCCAGACAGUUUCAGUUUUCCAUCUAAAACAUACACGGUUGCCUUCUUUGUACCGCUUUUCGAGUAUCAUUGUAUCUGGUGCUUAGAAACCACGAAGCUUCUGCUAACUGACAGUCUGGCCGAACGCAGACACGGGUCCUUCUCUUUUUCGUCACAGUAAGCGAAUAGAUAUCUAGCUCCCUUUAAAUGGCGAAACUGUCUGUAUUUUCGCUCGCUGACAGGAAUUUGUCACUGUAAUUGAGCAUAUUUAUCCUCAUAGCUUGCUAACAGUCGUGUUUUUCUCCUGUCGGUCUCAAUGGGCCCCACUUCCCCAAGUUGCUGACUGCAGCUAACCAGCUACACUUACAUGUGUGGAUUGUCAGUGUUUGUGCUGAAUGUGUUUUAAAGCUUCAUCAGUGGCCUCAGCAAACAUGUGGGACCAUCUGUGUUAACAGUCCGAGGAUUGGUGGUGGGUUUAAGCAGCUAAUGCUCCAGUUCAGUGCUCUGAGUGUGAUAUGAGCUGCCAAUGCCAGUGAUCUGCUGCGGGAGCGUCCAUCACUGCAAGUCUCCUCAGAGACUGAUGGACAAGGCAGGCAUUGGCAUGUGUUUAAGCCAGCCGAGGGGCGCCGGGCUCUCCAUGCUGAGGACUGCUGUCAGUCUGGAGGGGGUUGAGGAGAGAGAUGAGGAACAAGAGGACGAGGGAGAGGAGGAUUUGCGGGAUGGGGGCAUCCCUUUCUUUGUGAACCGGGGUGGGCUGCCGGUCAAUGAGGAGACAUGGGAGCAGAUGUGGAGGCAUGUGGCCCGGAUUCACCCCGAUGGAGAGGCAGUGGCGAAGAGGAUUCGAGGAGCCACCGACCUGCCUAAGAUUCCAAUACCGACUGUGCCUACAUACCAGCCAACCACCAGUAUUCCCCAUCGCCUGGAAGCCAUACAGAAAUACAUCAGGGACUUGCAGUACAAUCACACUGGAACCCAGUUUUUUGAGAUCAAGAAGAGCAGACCUCUCACAGCGUUGAUGGACAUAGCUAAGGAAAUGACCAGAGAAUCUCUACCAAUCAAAUGUCUGGAGGCUGUAAUCCUUGGCAUUUACCUCACCAACAACAUGCCAUCUGUGGAGCGCUUCCCCAUCAGCUUUAAAACUCAGUUCUCAGGGAGCCACUUCCGCCACAUUGUGUUGGGAAUCCACAGCGGCGGCCGUUUCGGUGCCUUGGGCAUCAGCCGGCGUGAGGACCUGAUGUUCAAGCCUCUGGAGUAUCGCACACUCGCUGACCUGCUGCAGGAGUUUCAGACUGCCUACCAGGGCUACUGGCACACACUGCGCAAGGUCAAGAUUGGCCAGUAUGUGUCACACGACCCACACAGCGUGGAGCAGAUCGAAUGGAAGCACUCUGUACUGGACGUUGACAAGCUUUCGAAAGAGGAGCUGAGGAAAGAACUGGAGAGACACACUCGCGACAUGAGGCUGAAGAUCGGCAAGCCUGCACCUCCUUCACCCACCAAGGACAGACGGAAAGACAUGGGAUCUCCUCUGCGUAACCCAGGCAGCCCCAUGCGCAGGAACAGCCGCAGUGAGAGAAGGCUAUCGGGUGAAAAGAAGGCUUUGGAGCCAAAACCUCCUGCGGAUAUGAAUGGAUACCAGAUUAGAGUGUGAGCUGGCUCUCUGGCUUCCAAACCAUACUGCUCACAACAACCAGUCAUGCAGCCAAACUGUUAUGGGUGGAUGAAAUGACACAGGACAAAAAAGUCUGAAGAAAACAUUUCAAAGGACACAGACGGGUGUCUGGAACAAUAUCCAGUUGCAGACGUUUAUGCAAUGAAUGAAACGUGUGAGUGAUGUGAAAGUGUGCAAAAAUGACACCGCACCAUGUCACCUUUAACGAACCAAUCAACUGAGCAGCCUCAUUUCAAGCGAUCACUUUUGUAGACACUUGGCUCUGUCCUAAUUGUGAGCAUUCGGUGUGUAAAUAUCACAGUGUAUAUUCUAAGUCAGCUGACUGCUUUUCUGGCUUUUGUUGAGACUGGUUUGUAAUACACUUACAAACAGGUGCCUUUUAUACAACUCAGCAUCAUUCCACCCGUCUGUUAGCAUAACUAGUAGAGUUUGUGUUGCUUGGCACUGCCAUCUCUAAGGCAGGCGUCCAGUAUCUGCUUAACAUCAGCCUACUCCAAUGACUUGAAACUUAACCUGCUAUUUUUACUUCUGUAAACCAAAUAUACAGGAGAAUGUGUAGAAAAGGCAGACUGUAGUUUCCACGGUUCACAUAUCUUAAAUUUAAUUUGGCCUUAUCCAUCUGUAACAUUUGAACAGUAACACUUGAAUUUUUGUUGUUUUUUUUAUAAGACAAGGUUUAAUUAUUUUAAGCAGUCAAUGCAAACAGUGAGUCUUAACUUUUUUCCCUAACUUAUUAAAUAUCUUGUUAAAGGCUAUGUUUAGAGGGUAGCUCUGUCAAUAGAAGGACUAGUGUGGCCUAGUUUGUAAAGUUCUAGAAGUUCUACUUUUUUAAAGGUGUGAAUAUGCAGUGGGACUGGCAUCAGUCAGUGCAAAUGACUUCAUGUUUUGAUAAUCACCCAUUCAGCUUUAAGGAGUACAAUUCAAAUGGCAUUUAAAAUACACCAUAUUGUAUGAGGUUAAAUUCUCAUUUUUUUAAUAUUACUUUUUAUAUAUAAUCACUUUUUCUUGCACUUCCUUUUAAAUGUAGUAGCUUCACCUGUAACUCACAAGUACCUAUACUCAAUAACAAGUUUUGUAUCACUAAUACACAGUUUGGACUAGUUAUACCAUCAGUGGGAGGUUCAAUACAGGUCUGUAUGUAUGGAAAACUGGGCCUUAAAGUAUAAGGAUUCUUCGGCCUUUACCACUGAAAGCGUGCUCUACGCUUUAGUCAUCAUGCAAAUAGAUGCAGUGGGAUUGCUCUACUACUGUCUCUCUCAUAUGUUGAAGGCAACACUUUGUAGAGGCACUGUAGCUCAAAUAGAGCUGUCAAAAUUACUAAUGAGAAAAGUAUUUCUCUCACCAAAGCAUCUGAAAGUCUGUGAAACGCAGCACAGUGCUGAUUGUUGAAGAGAAAAAGGGCAACUCUUUUGGCAAUUACCCCCUCACAAUGGAGGCUGUUUUCAUUUCUUGAGAACAAAAUGUUGUGAUACACCAUGAUGCCAUAGCACUGUAAUGUUAGCUUUCCUGUAAGGAAAAGUAGAAUUGUGACAAAAAUACAAAAUCACCUGCUUCACUGUUGACACUUGAAAUAUGAUCAAAAUAAACAAUGUACUGCUGA